CCGGCAUCAUGCAGGGUGCUUUUACCACCUCCACUCUUCUUUUUCUUAUUGUCCCCUCCCUCCUACUCUUCUCCCACUUUCCCCACAUGGUCAAUGGAGACUGCUGGCUCAUUGAGGGGGACAAAGGCUAUGUGUGGCUUGCUAUCUGCAGUCAGAACCAGCCGCCGUACGAGACAAUCCCCCAGCACAUCAACAACACUGUCCAUGACUUGAGAUUGAAUGAGAACAAGUUGAAAGCUGUGCUCUUCACCUCUAUGUUUCGCUUCACCAACCUGACUGACCUCAACCUCACCAAGAAUGAAAUCACCCAUAUCGAGGAUGGAGCCUUUGCAGGACAAGCCAACCUACAGGUUCUCCAGCUCGGUUACAACAAGAUUACCAACUUAACUGAGGGUAUGAUGAGAGGACUCGGGCGGAUGCAAUGCCUCUUCCUCCAGCACAACCUCAUUGAAGUUAUUGACAGCAAUGCGUUCUGGGAGUGCCCUAGCCUCAGCAGCAUUGACCUGUCUUCCAACAGACUUGGCCGCAUUGACCCAUCCACAUUCACGGAUCUCAAUCGACUCAUGGUGUGUGAACUGGCAGCAAACCCAUUCCACUGCGGCUGUGAGCUCUACAGCUUCCUCAUCUGGUUGGAGUCCUUCAACAAUGUAACGCACACCUACGACCGCCUCCAGUGUGAGACGCCCCGGGAAAUGUUUGGCUACCCCUUACUCAUCGCCGCUGGCCAUGCUGGUCGAAAUGCUAAAAACAUUUUGAACCAUCACUGCAAAGAUGGAGUGAUGAUUCCAGGGAUGACUUCACUCCCACCAGAUCUGGAUGGUCCUUCCGGGAUCGGACCAGAUAUGUUUGGGGCUAUUGGGCCAAACUAUCUGACCACCCCCCCUUCUGAAAACAGUCCCAGUAUCAAGCUUCAUCAUGUCUCUUUGUCGUCAGCCUCUCUCCUUGUACAGAUUCCAAGGCCCUACAGCAAAAUGUAUAUUCUUACACAAUACAACCACACAUAUGUGUCUGACGUUAUGAAUUUGAAGAACAAGAAGGAGAAGAUUACCCUCGACAAGCUCAAGCCACACACCAAUUAUACCUUCUGUGUAGCAUCCAUACGAAACUCUCAACGUUACAACCACACCUGCCUCCAGUUUGCCACUCGGGCUCAAAAUCAAGAUGACCUGCUCCCCACACCUUCCACCACUACUCACUACAUCAUGACCAUUGUGGGCUGCCUUUUUGGCAUGCUCAUUAUUUUAGGCUUAGUCUACUAUUGUCUUCGUAAGAAACGGAGGCAUGACGACAAGAGGAAGUCCAUCUGUGUCAAGAAAACUAUACUAGAAAUGCGCUAUGGACCAGAAGUGGCCGCAGCAGUGGCAAAUGAUCCAAUGGCAGUCCACAAGCUUCAGGAGCAGUCCAGAGAACAUCACCAGUAUCAGCACCACCAUGGAGGCAAACUUCCCAUGUCCCAAUCCUCUAGCUCGGGAAUGCUCCACUCAGCAAACACCAGUUCCUCCAGACUUUCCUCCAUCCCACAAGUGGAAAAGAUGGCUACUGCCUUUUCAGAGGCCCUUGCUACAAGUAAAGGAAACUAUAUGGAUGUCAGAACUGGUGGGGCCGGGAUGGAGCGAUUGGGAGAUGGUGGUCAUGUAGGGAUGGACAUGAGGGACGAUGAUGGAACUGAUAUAGGAGAUGACUCGGAUGAUGACGGACGUGGCUCUGCAUCUGAGAUUUCCACUAUUGCCAUGGAGGUGGACAAGGUUAACCAGAUCAUAAACAACUGCAUCGAUGCACUGAAGCUGGAUGCGGCAGCAGUCGCUGCUUCAGGGGUCUCUAAUAACCCUACAGCCUGCUCCAAUCGCACCUCCCCUCCCCCCACCAGCACGUCCUCUCUGACUCGUGGCCUAAUCCCACUCUCCCAAGGGUUGUCAGAUUCGUGCCAAGUCAGUGCUCCCACCAAAAUACCCCCUCCACCUCCACUCCCUGCCUUGAAUGCCCCUCUCUGUGAGCGCCCAGGGAUCAGUGGUGGUGGCUUCAUCGUCAGUCCCCCCUACAGGCCUCCUCCACCAGCCUCUGCUGUACGUCCCAUCCAGCGGCAAAUGAGUGCAGAUGCGGCUGUGAUUAUAGCAAAUUCUGUCAAGAAACAGUCCAGCACCACCUCUUGUGGGUCCAUGGGUCGGGACAGGGAACGCGGAGGAGCUAGGGUGUAUAGCCUGGAAGUUUCUGAGCCUCGGAGCCCAGAUGGCUGUAAACAGCCGCAGUACCAAGACAGAGCCAGUCCCGUGGGCUGUGGGGAGCCCCUUGAAAGGCUGCCCUUAGUGGGGAGUGGGAGCUGCGGUGGAGGGGGUGGUGGUGGUUGUGACAGUGGUGGUGUAGGUGCCCAACAUCAGGACAACCAGAAGCAAAACCAUUACCAUCAACAACAGAAAAUACACCAACAACAACAACAACAACAGCAGCAGCAGCAGCAGCAGCUGGAGGUGCAGCAGGACUACCACUGCUCGGAGCACCGCCACUCCGUCCCAGCUCUGUAUUAUGAAGGCUCCCACCAAGGCUCCCCAGCCCAGAGGGUUUCCUUCCUAAAGCCCUUGACGCGCUCCCGCAGGGAUGCAGCAUCUUACUCCCAGCUUUCGCCUGCCCGCCACCAUUCCAGUUAUUCCGGCUACUCCUCCAGCCCAGAGUACUCCUCAGAGAGCUCACUGCGGAUUUGGGAGCGUUUUCGUCCUUACCGGAAAGGCCAGCGCGAUGAGGCCUGUUAUGUGACGGCCGGAAACGCCCUUAGAAAAAAGGUGCAGUUCGCUAAAGGCGAGGACCUGCAUGACAUCCUUGAUUACUGGAAAGGGGUGUCCGCACAGCAGAAGUUGUGACUUUGGGACCAGAGAUAGGCAUUGUGGGAAAAAUGGUUUGGAUAAUUCCCUUUCAUGCCUGUGGGCUAGAGAAAGGAUAUGAGGAUAAUGUAGAGAACAUUGAGGACAAAACGUCGCCUUUGUUAUGUUUUUUGGCAUGCUAGGUGUAUAGAAUAUUGUGCUAAAGCAAGGACUGUGAAACUGUGCCUGGGAUUCGAGAAUCAUUAUGGUGUUUUAUUUUACACUUUGUUGUAGCACUAUUUCUGGAUCAUUCUCAUUUAGUGUUUGUGGGUUUUAUUUAUAGCACAGAAAGCAUUUCCAACUGUGUAAAACUGUACUUUUCAGUGAUCAGAUGGACCGUCUUUAUCAGUGCCACAUUUCCAUCUAUGGAUAAUCACAGAAGGUAAAUGCUGAUAUCCUUCAUUAUAAGCUGUUGUGAUCCAAGAUGUUGUUUCCUAUUUGGUUUUGGGUGCUGUGUCAAUUUGCCCUGGGAUAUGUUUCGACUUCGAGGCAAAGGGAGACUAUGGAUGGUGGGAUCUGUGCUCUGUUGUCAAGUGACAGCAUGCCGUUUAGUGAACACAGUUGUCAAAUGCAGACCCUAUCUCUUUUCAUGCGGAUGAGGUAUUUGCACGUCAAUAGCGUCUGUCACACAGAAAGAAAGGAGAAAAGCGAGAAAGCAGUCAAGAGGGCUUUAAGGUCCUGCAUCAUAAGGAAAACGUGAGGGAGAAAGAGAUUCAAGUGGUACCUUUGCCUAAAAUAAUACUUUAAUUUCACCCUGAAGUGUUCAACACAUCUUUCCAACUAACACUCUUGCAUGGUUCAAUGAGUGGUGUAAAGAAUGUUGUCCUGCAAAUCCUUAUUUGUUCUAAACAGCAUUUGCCCAUGUAAUGAUCAGAAUGCGUGAUUUGAAGUACAGAAGGCAACAUUAUUUGUAUUUAUGAAUAUAUUUAAAUGCUACUUACCUGUACAAUAGAACGAUUUAACCAUGUGACAGAUGAGCUCACACAAUCCCCAUAGAAAACAUGUAAUAUACGUGACAAUGGAACAGGAGAAAUUGAAAGUGAGGAUUUAAGAGAACAAAGAAAGAAAAAGCAAGGAUAUAAAUAUCUUUUUUCUGCAGCCACUGUGAAUGUAAGUAGAUUACAAGCAGGUUAUGAGGAAAUCUAUUUGCACCAUUCAAUGUAAGCACUGGAGUACAUUCCAAAUCCUUUCCCUAAUAUUAAAAACGGGAUGAGGCACAGAGGGAAAGGACACUUCUAAUUACUGCCAACAUGUCUGUUCUUUUCUCGAAAUCAAUGCUAUUGAUUGUCUAUUGAUAACUUAAUUAGCCAACUUGUGACAGGCAUGCUCGCUCGCACUUUACGCCUCCUGAUUGUGUGUGUGUGUGGCUGUGUGGUACACAGUGGUUAGUGUAAGUGGGUAUUGGCAUGCCUUGUCAGAAUAUAUUGUAUGUGCCCAAAUUUACCUAAAUUAAUAGUUGUCAUAUAUUGUCUAUUGGCUGGUUGUUUGAGUCUAAACAAUACUAGAUUAUUAAAGGCAUGGACAAAUGUAUAAAUCUCAACAAUGUUAAUAUAAUUGUCCAUUAA